AUGAAUUUGGCAGAAGUGGACACAAUAAAACGUCACAACUUACCAUGUCUGGCUGUGAUUGGGAAUGAUGGAGGAUGGACACAAAUUCUCAGGGAACAAGUUCCUCGUUUCCAGUCUAGUGUUGCUUGUCUCCUUGAUAUUUGCAUGAACCUGGUGUUGCAGCACAAUGACUAUCACACGGUGACCGAUGGAUAUGGAGGAAGAGGAUUUUGUAUCAAAGAGAAGGCAGAAAUCAGCACAGAAAUCAAGGAGGCAAUGGAGUGGUAA